AGAGAGCGCCGGGCCUCUUUGCGUGGCGGCAGGGCGGAGGGUGCGGGUGUGGGCCGCGCCGCUGCCGCCAUGGGCUUCGGGGACCUCAAGUCCGCCGCCGGCCUCCGGGUCCUCAACGAUUUCUUGGCCGACAAGAGCUACAUCGAGGGGUAUGUUCCAUCCCAGGCCGACAUAGCCGUCUUUGAAGCCAUUGGUGCCCCGCCUCCCGCAGAACUGUACCAUGCCCUUCGGUGGUAUAACCACAUUAAGUCGUAUGAAAAGCAAAAGGCAAGUUUGCCAGGAGUAAAGAAGGCUUUGGGGAAAUACGGUCCUGCUGAUGUUGAGGACACAACAGGUGCAGCCACAGACAGCAAAGAUGAUGAUGACAUUGAUCUUUUUGGAUCUGAUGAUGAAGAGGAAAGUGAAGAAGCAAAGAAACUGAGGGAAGAACGUCUGGCCCAAUAUGAAUCGAAGAAAUCCAAAAAGCCAGCCGUUGUUGCCAAAUCAUCAAUCUUGCUUGAUGUGAAACCCUGGGAUGAUGAGACAGACAUGGCCAAACUAGAGGAGUGUGUUCGAAGUAUUCAAGCAGAUGGCUUGGUCUGGGGAUCUUCCAAGCUCGUACCAGUUGGCUACGGUAUCAAAAAGCUUCAGAUUCAAUGUGUUGUUGAAGAUGAUAAGGUUGGAACAGAUAUGCUGGAAGAAAGAAUAACUGCUUUUGAAGAUUAUGUACAAUCCAUGGAUGUAGCUGCUUUCAAUAAGAUUUAAGUGAUAUAUCUAGAAUAAACGUAAUUGCAAAAAC